CGAGCACAGAUCCUCAGCACCGGUGCCCUGUGACACAGACGUCACCUCACUGGGAUCUGGACGCAGAUGGUGAGUGCAGCUCUAUUAACCUACAGCAAUCAGGGUGGACACGGACACUGGACAUUAGGCGAUCGACCAGCAGUUAUAGUGAAGAAACCAGGAGAUCUGACCAUAAAUACAUCUAGAAGCUCAUCACAUCUCACGUCACCAGCAGGUUUAUGGAUGUCCCUGUCCUCCAGUAACUGCAUAACAUAAUGUCCGUCAACUCCUCAAUCAACAGCACGCACCCUUCAGCCAACGACUCCCGACCAGACCACUCGCAGUUCACCAUCCCCAUCACCAUUUGCCUCCUGACUGUCCUCAUCUGCCUGGUGGGACUGAUCGGCAAUGUGAUCACAAUAUAUCUCUUCUGUUUCCGCAUCAAGCUGAACCAGUCAACAGUGUAUAUCCUGAAUUUGGCUGUGGCGGAUUUCAUCUUCGUGUUUGGCUGCUGCAUGGUGACUUUGUUCUUCCUGUGCUUGUAUAAUGGAGUGCGCACCUCGCCGAGGCAAGACACGGUAUUCUCUGUGUUUGGCGACUUCCUGAACAGCUUUGGAUUUAACUCGAGCCUGUUAUUUCUGGCCACUCUCUCCAUUGAACGUUCUCUCUCUGUUUGCUUUCCCAUGUGGUACAAAUGUCGCCGCCCGGAGCACUUGUCCGCCAUAUUGACUGUAAUUAUAUGGAUUGCGUCAUUCCUAAUAACUGUUCUAGAGAGGUUCCUCAUCCCUCAAUACAGAUCUACUGUUUACAUAGUCAUAUCAAUCCUGUUCCUGAUUGUGACUCUUGCCAUGAUUGGCGCCAGUGCCGUCCUUCUCAUAGAGAUCCGGAAGACCUCCAUACCAUACCGGCCAAUUAAACUGUACAUAGUGGUUGUUGCAGCGGUCACCACCUUCCUCAUCUCUCUGGUUCCAGCCACCAUCGUGAGACUCUUGUUCUUCUUUGCCUUCAUUCCUACAGGGAUGACCAAGAUCCUCAGCUACACGGCUUUUUCUUUGUGUUCUGCCAUCAAUUCGACUGUCAAUCCCUACAUCUAUAUUAUUGUCGGGAGGUGGAAGAAGAGUCUCCCCACAACACAAGCUCUUGAAUCUGUCUUCAAAGAAGAUAGAAAGACCUCUGAGGGAAGUGACCAGGGAGAGACGCAGCACACUGACAUUGAGCACUAGCCAAGCACCUAUGAAUGAAGGCGUCCGUGCCAAAGACUUGUAACCAACAUGUCCUCAAUAUUUUAUCUGCAGAUCAGUAAUUUACAAAGAUAAAGGUCUGAAUUAUCGAGACCGAGGUGUGCUACUCCGAUGCAUGGGGCCUGGCAGGUUAUUUCUGACGAGGCACAGGCCUCCUCGGACUCCAUGCACUAGAAUGAAUCUGCCGCAGAUCGGAGCUGCCAUAGAAUUCACUCACUAUUCCUGUUUCUGGUGUAAAUAAGGAUACAAUAUCUCGGGGCCCUGGGGCCCUCAUUCUGCCAUCGGCACGCCCCCUUUUUGUCAACUUGGUGACAAGUCACAAGUCUGGUGAAUGAUCAAUUUCCUCAAAUUCCGGAGACACACAUGAGAUGGCAAUAAGGAGAACAUCUAACCAAUAAAAUGCUACACAGAAAAGACCACGUCCACUGAAGACUUACUUUCUACAAAAUAU